AGUCUGGACGCACGUUCAGCGUCUCCAAGACUCCAACCACCGCAGUUAAGAGAGCUGCAGGCUGCAGGCCGCACCCGAGGCGAGCUGGGCCGGCCGGCAAUGGCGAGGUCCGGCGGCGGCGAGGACGACUCGUGGGAGUACAGCCUGCGCAAGUACCUCCUCCUGCUGGCCUCGCUGGUGGCCAGCGUGACGUACGGCGCGGGGUUCAACCCGCCCGGCGGCGUCUGGCAGGCCGCCGACCGCGCCAAGAGCCGCAUCCCCGGCGACCCCAUCAUCCGGGAGACCAAUCGCGCCCGUUACCUGGCCUUCUUCUAUGGCAAUGCCACCGCCUUCGCCUCGUCGCUGGUGGUCAUCGUCCUCGUCCUCAUCCUUUCCAUCCUGCACGACAGGGGCGGGAUCAGCCGCCUGUCGCCCGUGCUCGCCACCCUCCGGCUCGUCAUGGUGCUGGACCUGCUCAGCCUCAUGGGCGCCUACGCCGCCGGCACGUUCCGGGACGCGCUCACGGCCGUCUACUCCCUGCUCCUGCUCGCCGGCGUCGUCGCCUACCUCGUGGUCCACUUGGCGUCGGACAAGGGGGACGCCGGCGAGCCACCGCAGCAGGAGGAGGGCGACGACAGCGCGCUUGAGCAGCGGCAGGCCCGCGGGUCGCCGGAGGAGGAGAGGACGGCGGCGGACAAGAGCGCGCUGCUGCGGCUCCGAAAGGUGCUGAUGCUGCUGGCCACGUUCGCGGCGAGCGUGACCUACGUGGCCGGGCUCAGCGCGCCGGGCGGCUUCUGGGACCACGACGAGGACGGCCACCGGCCGGGCGACGCGGUGCUCAAGGGCGGGCCCCACGACGCGCGCCUCAAGGCCUUCUUCGUCUGCAACACCACGGCGUUCGUCGCGUCCCUGCUCAUCCUCGUCAUGCUGCUGGAGAAGAAGCUCUGCUUCAGCCAGAAGGUGCGGUCUCGGGAGCUCUACGGGCUCAUCGCUGUCACGCUCCUCGGCCUCGUCGCGGCGUACGCCGCUGGCAGCAGCCGGCAGAUCGACACCACCGUCUAUGUGACCGCUCUGGUUGGCGUCGUUGUCGUGUGCGUUCUCGUCCAAGUGGUGUUUGUUCUCCUCUUCAGUAGCAAUGACAAUGGCAGUGACGAGCAGCAGCAGCAAACCCAUGGUCCUGAUAAUGGCAAUGACAGGGGUUUAUUUUCUUUGUUAUGGACCAGUGAUGAGCAGCAGCAGCAGCAGCAAACUCCUCAGACUCUCAAUGGCAAUGGCAGUGAUCAGCACGAGGUCGAAGAGCAACAAAGUAAAGCGCUGGAGAAGGCUCGCUCCCUUGUCCUGCUGCUCGCCACUCUCGCCGCGGCCAUCACCUACCAAGCAGGCCUCAACCCGCCGGGCGGCCUCUGGCAGAACAACGGCGGCGGCAGCCGAUACAUGGCCGGCGACCCGAUCCUCCUGACCAGGAGCCCGAGGCGGUACAAGACGUUCUACUACUGCAACUCGAUCGCCUUCGUGGCCUCCCUGGUGGCCAUCAUCCUGGCGAGGAUGAAGACCCUGCACCACCACAACGCGCUGGAGGCCGCCAUGGUGCUGGGUCUGUUCGGCCUCAUCAGCGCGUACGCCGCCGGGAGCUGCCGGGACGUGAGCAACUCCAUCUACACCGUGGCCCUGGCCGGCGCCGUCCUGGUCUACGUGGUGAUCCACGUCGUCUUCUUGACGCUGGACCACAAGGACGGCCGCUCGGGAGGGCACGACGGAGCCUCACCGGAGAAGGAGAAGAAGGUGGAAGAGUUGCUGGAGAAGAGGCGCAAGCGGCUGCUCCUCUUCGCGAUCUUUGCGGCCACCAUCACCUACCAAGCCGGGCUGACGCCGCCGGGCGGCUUCCUGCUCAACGACGACGGCCGUGCCGGCGACCCCGUUCUGCUCAGCAACUACCCGCGCCGGUACACGGCCUUCUUCUACUGCAACUCGGUGAGCUUCAUGCUGUCCAUCGCGCUCAUCGUCCUGCUCGUCAACCCCAACCUGUACCGGCCGGCCAUCCGGAGCAACGCGCUGUCCGUCUGCACGGCGGCCGGCUUGAUCGGCAUCAUGGGUGGCUACGCCUCUGGGUGCACGCAGCAUCUCAAGACAUCCAUCUAUAUCUUCGUGCUUGCGGCUUUGGUUCUCUCCUUGGUGGUUGUGCUGGUUGCAGUGUUCUUUGUGAAGCAUCUGAGAAAACAAGAGGACAAACACAAUGCUAGAAACAGCAGCAACGCAGUUGCAGCUGAGACACCUGUGGAAGCAGAGCAGGCCCCUGCCCCUGUCCCAGAGGAAGGGCAAGUUCGGCGAAAAAAGAAGUUGCUCCACGCCAAGCGCAAGUACCUGAUGCUGCUGGGGAUCCUCGCGGCGAGCGUGACCUACCAGGCCGGCCUGGCGCCGCCGGGCGGGGCCUGGCAGUCGAACGACGGCGAGCACACGGCGGGGGACCCGGUGAUGCACGACAACCGGAGGGCCCGGUACCUGGCCUUCUUCUACAGCAACUCCACCUCCUUCGUGGCGUCCGUGGUGGUCAUCGUCCUGCUGCUGCCACCGUCGCUGCACGAGAAGCCGUGGUGGCUCGGGGUGAUGAACACCACCAUCGUGCUGGACCUGGUCGGCCUCCUGGUCGCCUACGCCGCCGGGUCCAGUAGGACGUGGAAGACAUCCGUGAAGGUCUCCGGGCUCGUCAUCGCCGUGCUGGCCUAUUUCGCCAUCCACGUGUCGCUGUCGUGCUGCAGCAGGAGAGGUAAGAAGACUGCUCCGGCGGUCUCCGCCGCUGACGCAAACGAAGAGGCGAACGGUGGGCUUCAGGCGCAAAUGGCUCCAGGCCUCGAGCUUUCUGAAGCUAUUUGACUGUGUUUGUCUGUGUAGUUUCUUUUUCGGCCCCGUUCAGAUUUGUAGUCUACUUGAUGUACGUUGAGCUGUAGAUGAGUACUGUCAUGCUCUUAGUUUGGAACACGUUGAGGAGAGAGAAAAAGGCAAUCUCUUUCCUGCUGCAAAUUUUGAGUCUCGUUCUCAACGGAUGAAUUGCCUAAUUC